AACAGCUCUAACCAAAUAUGAAGCUCUGUACUAUUUUUCCAUUGGCGCUUUUUGGCUUUUUCUUCCACACGAAUUUAUUGGUGAAUGGAGAAUUGAUUACCAUCGCCAGCAAUAAUGGCCAAGAUGAUUUACUUGAAUUGCUCCAUACAGAAAAAGUUUUAAUUGAUAGCCUAAGGCAUUUCAUCGAAGUACAAGAACAAAAAUUGGAUACCUUAAGAAGAAAAACCCAAGAAAUCCAAAAUAUUUACGAUGAGGUUGGUGAUAAUCGUGAGGGAUAUUUAAAUAAUCCCAUCAAUGCUGUAACUAUGUUGAAACGUCUAACAUCCGAUUGGAAGGGCCUAACCAAUUAUGCCGAGGACUAUUUGGAUACUGAAGACUUGACCAAAAACAUUACCCAAAGCGAUGAACUCACCUUCCCCACGGAGGAGGAUUACGAAUCGGCUUUGGUUGGUUUGCUGCGUAUCCAAGAUAUGUUCAAAUUGGAACCACAACGUCUGUCUGUGGGCGAAGUUAAUGGCAUUAAAAUGGGUUCGGAAAUGUCCUGGAGUGAUUGUUUAGAAUUGGGUCUUAAGUCAAGCAAGAAUGGUUAUCAAUCCAAUGCUAAAUAUUGGAUGGAAACGGCCUUGGAAAAAAUACCCAUUGUUGGACAACAACAGCAGCAGCAACAACAAAAUUCCACCGAAGCUGAAAUAACAGGUUCGACUACGAACAAUGUAAAUGAAUUUAAUGUUAAGGCACGUUUGGAAGUUUUGCGAGCUCUAUUGAAUGUGGAAUAUAAAUCAGGCAAUUUACACAAGGCUCUCAAAAUAGCCGAAGAAAUGUUGCAAUAUAACCCAAAUCAAAAAAAUGUUCUAAAGGCUGUUACAUCAAUUAAAAGCGAUUUGAAAAAGAGCAAAUAUCUUUUAAAUAAAAAACAGGACAGCACAGCUGAGAAAAAGACGGCAAUCAAGAAAACCGACGAAGAACUGAUGAUAGAGGAAAUUUGCCGGGAGGCAACCAAUAGCCAACAGCAACAACAAAUCCAUACUGCCCAAUUUGAAACAUCAGCCCGAAUUCCACAAUGUUCUCUGGUUACUUUCAAUUCAAAAUGGUUGUUGCUACAACCACUCAAAGUGGAAAUUCUGAAUGUGGACCCCUUCAUUGUCAUCUAUCAUCGGGCGAUGAGUGGCAAGCAAUUGGAUGACUUGAAGCAGUUUAUUGUUGAAAAAGAGGAGGAUUCCCUUGCCGAUGACGAUGGCAUGUUGCAAUUGACAAAUAUUGGUUUGAAGAAAAUGCAUCAACUCAACGAGAAAUUGCAUCGUGUCAUUGGUCACGAACGUGAUACGUUGAAUGCCAAAAAUUGGCGUUUCGAUUUUUACAAUUUCGAGAAUAUUAUGGAAGUUGAGAAGACAUCGGUACAGAAGGCCGGCAACACCAAGCAAGCUGGUGUAAUGUUUAAUUUACAAGAACCAAAAAUGGGUGGCUCAGUGGCAUUCCCCCAGCUUCAAUUGAGUGUAAAUCUACCCAAGGGAUCUGUGCUUUACUGGUCAAAUUUAAAUGAGUUUGGCUCAGAGGAUUACCGUUCGAAAUAUUAUGUCUGCCCUGUUAUAGGAGGUUCACAAAUGACUGCCACCACCUUCAUAAGACAACACUGAUACCGGAUGAAUGGCGUUUACCAUUAUCUCAACACUGUUGAUUAACUUCAAACAUUAGUUUAUUAAUUUUCGUAAAUUUAAGACAACUUGUACGUAAGACUUUUUUUUAAAUAAUAAAACAAAAAAACAAAUAUUGAAACAUAAACCGA